AUGGACGAGGAAUGGACAGAUAGAGAUACCAGGGGCCUUGCAAACCUGUUCAACCAGCGCUAUGUCACUCUCGCAAGCAUCACUACAAUCGUCUACGACUCGUUUCUCAUUUUGGCAGACGAGGUAGAUCUAAUAUGGUCAAAGCCAUGGAAGAGCUCUAUCAAGCCAGUCUAUCUCAUCAACAAAAUGAUCACCAUCGGCUUGAACAUUGUCACCAUGUACCAACUGGGACCUCUGCGUCCAUCUCUUACGCUAAAAUGGUACUACUCCAUAAAUCUAGCCGUGCAUCGUCUCAGAAAUUCUAGGUGUCAAGGAUAUAUUGUCGCAGGGACAUUGUGCCAGCUUAUAUCCGAGAUUCUGUCCAAAUGGAUUUUAACCCGUCGAUUGGUUGCUAUCUAUGCAAAAGAUAGAAAGAUUGUUGCCUCGAUAUAUGCCGCAUAUGGAUUCUGCUACAUUGUGUCGGGCGUCUUUGCAUUAUGGAGCAUCAGUGACAAUAUCAAACACGUCGGCAUCUCAAACCGUGGAGAAUGUGCAGCGGUCAAGCAGACAUCACCCAUAUUUGGUCUUAUCUUCAUCGCGCCCCUAAUAUACGAACUCUACAUGGCCGCUAACGAUCCGCAAAGCCCUCAGCCACGUCGCCUUUCUCAAGCACCGGAAAUCCGCACCGCUACUCUAUCCCGUAUCUGCGUCAUUCUCCUCAUCGUCAAGGGCGGCAGUCUCUACCUGGGCUUGGCCCUCCAGUGGUGCAUGGACGUCGUCUUCAUCUGCCGGUUUUACCUCAACCUCCUCAAAGUUGCAUCACGGGAUCAUAAUAUUAGCAUGUGGGAGACAAAGGCGACACUGGAUAUACAGCAUCCUCAAGGGACAGAGCUCGACACGUUUGGAGGGACGGCUGGUCCGAGUGUGACGACUGGUUCACGUUUGUCAGAGCGUGAAGUGGCAGAUAUAGAGACGCCGGGGGGGAUUGGGAAUACGAGUACCAAAGGAAAGGAACGAGUGCCAUAA